AGACCAAUCGGCAUAAUAUCUUCUCAUUCCAUAACAUUUCCAGGCGAGAGAAAGGAUAUUUCUGUAACAGCAGAAUAGAGGAAAUAUGUGUAUAGGUUGCUUUAUCAAAUGAAUCAUUGCAUACAGUGUAACUGUGUCACGUCAUGUGUUGAUCGGAGCUUGAACAAUAUUACAGACAUUUUUCUACAUACGUAGUUUAUGGAUGAAUUGUAUCUAAGGCUAGAUUUUAAGCAAUCAAUCCUACAUCAGAUCCUGAAAUGAAGCUUUUUCGAUGUCAAUUGAAGAAAAUAAGAGGAACUGCUGGAGUCGGCUGAAUUAAAAGCCUUUCUGUGCAUUUCAUCUGCUGCUGCUUCUGCCCUGGGCCAAGGCUUAUAUGUCCUCCAAGUAGAACAGUACACGUUAAGAUGUUUGUUAAAACAUCAGCGGGUAAUUAAAUGAUUAGAAACAACAGCGAAAUCGGUUUGCCUCUGCACGUUAGCAUGGCUAUUUUCAUUAGGAAUAAUUCUACCGCUACAAUUUUAAAAUCGUCGUUUCAGAUACAGCAAAAUACCCUUUUUGGAUGUAAAGAAAACAAACACGGGUAACUUUAUCUGACUACAUCUUGUCCGGGAGCUCUGGAAACCUGUUCCAACCUCUGCCAGUGACUCCUUUGAAACACACAUCUAAAUAAAUAAAUAAACCUAGGAGGCCACCAUGUCCUGUCCGAUCCAUAAUCUCCACUUUCAUUAUCUGAGUGUUCAUUAAUGCACGAGAUUCCCCUCAAUAAACAAAGGAGAAUAUGGCUCAAUCCGAACACAAAGGCUGGAUUCUGAACUGGGGCGAAGAUGCUUGGUGCUCAAGCUCGGGAGGGAAAUAUUAUUUGGGGGCUUUCAGUAGAUUUAGUUUAAUAAAUUCAUUUUCUUUGCACUGUGUUAAGAAAACAGAUAUUUGUUUACAAAGUCGGCCAGCUCAGAUGCCAUCGCUGAUUCAUUCCCCUUCCACGGAUUUUAAUUGCUCCGAAGUUUUCAGUUCUAACAUCAAUCAUCCUCUACCUUUCCCAUAGGAAUAUAGAAAGGACGGGGGUAGCCAACCCCCCGGGGUGGGGAGCGAGGGGGAGGGGAGUUCGCCGUGUGAUGAUUUGCAUAUCUUCCAGAGUGAAGAUCCUAACUUUGGAGAGCUGCCCCUUUUUCACCAGCUGCCACAGGACACUGCCCCUGGGGCGCUCGCGGCCGCCGCUGGCCGCACUCUUUUACGCUUUGCAGUUUGUUUGUUUUUUACAGUACCACUCCCUCCUCAUUCCCCUCCCCCCAACAUGUCCCACCUCCCACGUUCCCUUAGCCACGUUAAAGGUGGUGGGGGGGGGGUGUGCGUGUUGCCAUCCAUCUGUCGGGUGUGCGGGCUCGGGGUUGUUUGUAACUUUGCUGGCUCGGUCGCUGCGGGUCCCAGGGGAGCGGGCUCCACGUUGCGCUCCCAUUGGCCGCCGAGCCGUCAGCUGGUGCUAUUUGCUGCUGUCGCUUUUGGCGCUCGGCCAUCCAGAAACAAACCAGUUCGAUGACUACUAAUAGUUAUAGCCAGAUGUACUAAUACACAACAAAUCACAGUCCUGGAGAGGGGAGAGCAAAUGAGUUCCUAUUUUGUGAAUCCCACUUUCCCUGGGAGCCUGCCUAAUGGCCAGGACUCUUUCCUCGGGCAAAUCCCCCUUUAUCCAGCUGGCUAUGAUGCUCUGAGGCAUUUCCCAGCUUCUUAUGGGGCAACAAGCCUGCAGGACAAGACCUACACCUCACCUUGUUUUUACCAACAGUCCAACACGGUCAUUGCUUGCAAUCGGGCAUCCUAUGAGUAUGGAGCCUCGUGUUUUUAUUCUGAGAAGGACAUAAGUAGCGCCUCUCCCUCCGGCAGUGGCAAGCAGAGGGGACACGGUGACUAUCUGCACUUUUCUCCUGAUCAACCAUACAAAUCCGACAGUGUGCAAAGCAAAAUUUUAAAUGAGGAAGGCAGCGACCGGAAGUACACGAGCCCUGUUUAUCCCUGGAUGCAGCGGAUGAACUCCUGCGCUGGUACAGUGUAUGGAACACAUGGGAGACGGGGGAGGCAAACUUACACCAGAUACCAAACGCUAGAGUUAGAAAAGGAAUUUCAUUUUAACAGAUAUUUAACCAGAAGACGACGGAUUGAGAUUGCAAACGCUCUCUGCCUUACUGAACGACAAAUUAAAAUAUGGUUUCAAAACAGGCGAAUGAAAUGGAAAAAGGAAAACAAAUUCCUACAUUCCACACAACCCAGCAGUGAAGAAACAGAGGAAAAGUCAGGGGAGUAGAAUACUGCUGAAUAAAAGUUACCAGGCCUUUUCCUUUUUAGCGUUUUUUUUCUUGUGUUCCUUCUGCUACUAAAAU